UCACUAUCUCAUUUCUCUCCAUUUUUUUCAUAACCAAUAAACGACACCAAUAUCUCAGCUCCUUCACAUCGAAACGACAACGACAUUAAUAAUGGCGGAAGCAUCGUCUUCUUGUCGGAAGCUGUUCGUGGAGAUAAGCAACGCCAAGAAUCUGAUGCCCAAAGACGGGCAAGGCACGGCCAGCGCCUACGCCAUGGUUGACUUCGACGGUCAGAGGCGGAGGACCAAGACCCAGUUCAGAGAUCUCAAUCCUCAGUGGGACGAGACACUCGAGUUCAUCGUCCACGACUCCGACGCCAUGGCCUCCGAAACCCUCGAGAUCAAUCUCUACAACGAUCACAAGAAGAGUGGCAAGAAGAGUACUUUUCUCGGCAAAGUCAAGAUCUCCGGCUCCACUUUCAUUCCUAAAUCCAAUGAGGUUCCGCUUGUUUACUAUCCUUUAGAGAAGCGGAGUGUGUUCUCUCAGAUCAAAGGCGAGGUUGGUCUAAAGAUUUACUACGUCGACGAGAAUCCUCCGCCCCCGGCUGAGGUCAAACAAGAAGCUGCGUCGGCUGAAGAGACCAAACCGCCGGAGGAUGCCCAGAAAGAGGAGGAGAAGAAGAAAAGUGACGAGGAGGUUAAAACAGAGGAAGCUAAAAAGGAUGGAGGCGGUGAUGAUAAGAAGGAUCCAAAGGCGGAGGCUGAUCAGAAGUCUCCUGCGGAGCCAACGGCUACUACUGAUGUUGCUGUGGUGGCUACCACGGCGGCGGCGCCUGCUGAGGUUGAGAAACCAGCAAUCGCUCACACCGAUACGAGUUCGAAACAACAGAACCAGAUAAGUAAAGAUCAGAAAACGACGUCUUCGGAGGUUGGUGGCGGCACCUUGACUUUGAUGGACCAUAAGCUUCGAUCCAUAGCCAGUGACCGAAGCCACAGCGCAUACGACCUCGUCGACCGAAUGCCUUUCCUCUACGUUCGUGUUGUAAAAGCCAAACCAUCUUCUUCAACAUCCUCCGUCUACGCGAAACUCGUUAUCGGAACUCACUCCAUCAAGACCAAGAAUCAGAGUUCGGACAAAGACUGGGACCAAGUCUUCGCUUUCGACAAAGACGGUCUCAACUCCACUAGUCUCGAAGUCUCUGUUUGGACAGAGGUCGAGAUUAAGAAGGAAACCACAGAGAAUGACAAGACCAUCACCACCGUAACUACCGCCGAAAGUUCUCUGGGAACGGUGUCGUUUGAUCUCCAGGAAAUCCCCAAGCGAGUGCCACCAGAUAGUCCACUAGCUCCCCAAUGGUACACUCUUGACUCAGAUACUUCGCCUGGAAAUGACGUCAUGCUUGCCGUGUGGAUAGGGACUCAGGCGGACGAGGCUUUUCAGGAGGCUUGGCAGUCGGACUCCGGUGGCUUGAUACCAGAGACCCGAGCCAAGGUGUACUUGUCUCCGAAGCUAUGGUACUUGAGACUAACGGUCAUCCAAACCCAAGAUUUGCAGCUUGGUUCGGGUGGACCCGAAGCUAAGCCUAGGAGCGGUGCGGACGUGUACGUGAAGGCACAGCUUGGGGCCCAGCUUUUCAAAACGAGCCGAGCUUCGGUGGGGUCAUCGAGCCCCACGUGGAACGAGGAUCUGAUGUUCGUGGCAGCCGAGCCGUUUGAGCCGUUUUUGGUGGUUACAGUUGAGGACGCCACGCACGCACACUCGGUUGGCCACGUCAAGAUACACGUGCCGACUAUUGAGAAGCGUACGGACGACAGUGCCGAGCCAAAGUCCAGGUGGUUUAAUCUGAUUGGAGGAGAUGAGAAAACACAACCCUACGCUGGGAGAAUACACGUGCGGGUUUGCUUGGAGGGUGGGUAUCACGUGCUUGAUGAGGCGGCGCACGUGACAAGUGAUGUCAGAGCCGCUGCUAAACAACUAUCCAAAGCUCCGAUUGGAUUACUAGAAGUCGGGAUAAGAGGUGCCACUAAUCUGCUUCCCGUUAAGACCAAAGACGGUACACGUGGCACUACCGAUGCUUACGUGGUUGCCAAGUAUGGACCUAAGUGGGUCCGCACCCGUACUAUCAUGGACCGCUUUAACCCACGCUGGAACGAGCAGUACACUUGGGACGUCUACGACCCAUGCACUGUACUCACCAUUGGAGUUUUUGACAAUGGAAGGUACAAGCGCGACGAAGCGGGGAGGCCAGGGAAAGAUUUGAGGAUCGGAAAGAUACGUGUACGGCUGUCAGCGCUCGACACUAAUCGAGUGUACAUGAGCUCAUAUUCUCUUACGGUGUUGCUCCCCGGUGGUGCUAAAAAAAUGGGAGAAGUGGAGAUCGCCGUUCGAUUCUCAUGCGCCUCGUGGUUCAGUCUGAUCCAAGCUUACAGCAGCCCAAUGCUGCCCAGAAUGCACUACGUCCGCCCCUUGGGCCCGGCCCAACAAGACAUCCUCCGCCACACGGCCAUGCGCAUCGUGACGGCUCGCAUGGCUCGCUCCGAGCCGCCAUUGGGGCAAGAAGUGGUCCAGUUCUUGCUGGACUCCGACACCCACGUGUGGAGCAUGAGGCGGAGCAAGGCCAACUGGUUCCGCGUGGUGGGGUGCCUCUCGCGCGCCGCCACUUUGGCCGGUUGGCUCGACGGGAUUCGCACGUGGGUGCACACUCCCACCACCAUUCUGAUGCACGUGCUCCUCGUGGCCGUGGUGCUCUGUCCGCAUCUGGUGCUCCCCACCGUAUUCAUGUACGCCUUCUUGAUCUUAACCCUCCGUUUCCGGUACCGCCGCGUGAUCCCUGCCAACAUGGACCCGAGGCUGUCCCACGUGGACUCGGUGGGCCAUGAUGAGCUGGACGAAGAGUUCGACGGGUUCCCUUCAAAUCGGUCGGCCGACGUGGUUCGGGUCCGGUACGAUCGGUUGCGGGCCUUGGCGGGUAGGGCCCAGACUCUGUUGGGUGACGUGGCGGCCCAAGGAGAGCGGUUGGAGGCUCUGUGCAAUUGGCGGGACCCGAGGGCGACGGGGAUAUUUGUGGUAUUUUGCUUGGUGGCGUCGUUGGUGUUCUAUGCGGUGCCGUUUAAGGUGUUCAUGUUGGGAUGGGGAUUCUACUACUUACGUCAUCCUAGAUUUCGUGGCGAUAUGCCGUCCGUACCGAUGAACUUUUUCCGGCGACUACCGUCGCUUUCCGACCAAAUAAUGUAAGAGUUGUUUUAGUUUGAAUGUUUUGGCACGUUCCCGCGGUUGUAUUUUAUUUAUUUAUUAUUAAAUUUAUUUUUGGAAGUGAAAAUAUUGAUUCAUUCUUGAUAA